AGAGUAAUUUGAGAUAUCUGUUUUUAGCAGAAAAGGCUUUGUUUCUUUUCUCUUUUUCGGAUAUUUUGUUUGAUUUGAUGGGACCAGUUAUCUCUUAAUUAUCUUUAAUUCUUUUGGAAUAUGUCUAAAUUCAUUGUAUUGACAGUAAAUAUUGUCGAAGUUUAUAUUCUCUUUGUUGCCUUUCUGUUCUUCAAUCAUAAAAAUGGAAAUGUGAGAGGAAGCCAAUGAAAAUAUAUAAAAAAGUUUAAGGUGUUGUUCUUGCUGCAAUCUAAUUGCUUCUGAUAAUUGUGAUUUGGAUGCAGUUUGUUAAGUAUGUGAUUUGUUUUAAAUGCAGAAAGUCCAGACUGAAUUGCCUAUUUAUUGAUUUGGAUAUCUCUGGGGAUUGCAUAUUAGAUAUAUUUGUGUUUCAAAACUGAAACUUCUUUUGGUACAAGAAAGAUUGGAAGAACAGCUCGCUUUAGUUGCUCAUAUAUAUGGCUCUGGCCUUUAGUAAUCUUUCAUGGUGGUUAUGGAGUGGGAAACAUGAAGAGCCUAAAAUCUCCAAUGGAUCUCCUUUAAGUUCUUUGCCGGAUUCCGGUUUAUGGGAAUCAGACAAUCUGAAGUUUCCAUUGGUUAAUAGAGAUAACACAGCUUAUUCAUCGAGAAAAGUUAAGAGGAAAUGGCAUAGCCGGGAAGAAAGAAAGAUUGAUAGGGAAUAUGAUGUUGUUAUUGUGCCAUCUGAUGGAGGAUGUGUUUCAGGGUCUGAAUCUGAUGGUUCAGAUUACUCCAUUGGAUGGUUGGAGCCUCAUGGACCUGAUUUCGGUAGUGAUGAAGAUUCAGACAACAGUUUUGCUGUGUUGGUUCCAUGUUAUGGGCAUAGGCAAGGUAAUAUGAUGGAGGAUCCAAAGACCAACCUUGUGGGUGCCAUUGUGAACAUUUCUAGCUAUUAUUCUGAUGCAAGCAAAGUUUACGUGGAACAGUGGCUCUCGUCUCUACAGACUAGCUAAUCCCAUACUGACGAAGAUUGUGAAUGUAUCUGUGUUCUGUUGCUAAUCUGCUGGAAGAAUAUGGUCUGGUGUUUUAAUGCUGAUAUAGAUAUUGUAUAUACUGUAUAUACCAUAAAAUUAAAAGG